CCGACAAUUGGCAGCAGCACGAUGAUGCAACAGGACGAUGACAUUGGCCUCUCGGCCGACGCGCUCGCCGCGCUCCGCGAGUUUGCAAUGGAGCGGGGCAUCGACGUCGGCGAUGACGACGACGACGUUGACGUCCGGAAAGGCGUGCAGUCGGCGCUCGAGGAGGCCAAGGGCCCGAACGACGAGUCGUUCUGCUUCACGUUUGGCGACGACAUUGAGAUCCGCCUCAAUGGCCUGCGCCGCGACAUUGGUCAGACGCUCAACAGCACGGGUCUCACGCUCUGGCGCGCCGGCGACUUCCUCUCGGACUUCAUGUUCCGUCACAAGUCCUUGUUUGAGGGCAAGCGCGUGCUAGAGUUUGGGAGUGGCCUCGGUCUCUGUGGCAUUCUUGCCGGCAAGCUUGGCGCCGACGUCCUCAUCACGGACGGUGACGACGAGUCGAUGCCGGUGCUCAUUGACAACUGCAAACUCAACGGCAUGGAUCCUACGGUGUGCUGCAAGCAGCUGCUCUGGGGUACGGAGCUUACGCCUGAGACGAAGGGGUGCUAUGAUGUGCUCCUCGGCGCCGACAUCAUUUACGAAAAGGCAUACGUGGCACCGCUAUUUGCGUCCGCGAGCCAUUUUCUGUCGCGGCGCCCCAACCACCUCUUCUUGCUCGCGUACACGAAGCGCAACGUCUCGAUUGACUACGUAUUGGAGUGUGCGCGCGCUGAGGGCUUCCAGUGGGUCGCGCCGACGACGGACGAAGGCAUCUACCACUUUACCUUUGCGCCGUAGUAAACAUCAAGUCGCAAUUUUGGCUCUAUA